AUGAUUUGCACUGAUAUUCAGCCUUUGCAAAUAGUAGAAAAUAAAGGAUUUAUCAACUUUGUCCGGACAUUACAUGCCGAUUACAUUCUCCCAGACAGAAAAACUUUGUCGGAAAGGUAUUUACCUCAACAGUACCAACUGGCACGCUCUUCUCUAGCUGAUAAGCUAGAAGAUGUAAAGAAUUUGGCUCUAACUACAGAUAUGUGGACCUCGGAUAGCAAUAAGUCGUAUUUGACGGUCACAGUUCAUUUCAUUAGCGAAUCAAAACUAUUCGCGCGUACGUUAAGCACAGUAGAAGUAAAAGAUGUACAUUCUGCGACUGUUAUAGCCAACGUUUUAGAUACUGUUUUGGAGGAAUGGAGAAUCAGUAACAAAGUUGUUACUGUUGUAACUGACAACGCCUCCAAUAUUAAAAAGGCUGUAUCGGAAUAUUUAAAUAAAAGAAAUCACUUUUGUGUGGCCCAUACUCUAAAUUUAGCAGUAUCUGACUGUAAAAAAUCAAACUUGCCAUUGACGUCAUUGUUAGAAAAAUGUCAUACUGUAGUAACUUAUUUCAAACAAAGUACUAAAGCAGCUUACAAAUUAAAAGAACUGCAAGAGCAGAUGAACCACCCUGUCAUAAAAUUAAAACAAGAGGUUAUUACAAGAUGGAACUCAAGUUUUGAAAUGAUGGAGAGACUACUACAGACUAAAUUAUCCUUAUCAGCCGCAUUGUCUACCAUGUCUUCUGCUCCGGAAAAUUUCACUGCUAACCAAUGGGAGGCAAUAGAAGAUUGCGUCAGUGUUUUAAAACCUAUUGAGCAAUUGACUACAAUACUAUCUGGCGAAAAAUAUCCAACUUUGUCCUCUAUGAUACCGUUAAUCAGAAAUGUCCAAACUUGUCUUAUAAAGAAGGUUCCGGUUACAGAAAUAGGUGAAAAUCUAAAAAUCUCUUUGCAUUCUGCUAUCACUAAACGCCUCGGUAUCUUAGAGACCAACAAAACUGCUGCCAAAUCCACUUUUUUAGACCCCCGCUACAAGAAAGCUGGUUUUGGCCUCGAAGCCAAUGCAGAAAAGGCUGCCCAAUGGGUUAUAGAAGAGUUAGAAUCAGAGAUUAUAAAAAAAAAUAGGAAUUUAGCUCCUGAUGAAUCUAGUCAGACAGUGAACACGUCAAGUAAUGCUAAUGCUAGCAUUGGCACAAAUAAUAAGGCUAAUGAUUUAUGGGAGGAUUUUGACAAAAAAAUAUCAGAGAGAGAAUUAAUACAAACACCUACUUCUUCUGCUAUAGUGAUUGUGAAACAAUAUAGAGAAAUGCAAUAUUUAGAUCGUCAUCUCGAACCAAUACUAUUUUGGGAACAGCGAAAAAAAGCGAUGCCGGAGUUAUAUGAGUUAGCUAUUAAAUAUUUAUGUAUACCUGCAUCAUCCGUUCCUGCAGAACGAGUGUUCUCUAAAGCAGCCUUAAUUUGUAACCAAAGAAGAAAUAGAUUAGAUUCUAAAAAAGUAGACGAAAUCAUUUUUCUAAAUAGUUACUUCUCAUAA